GAAAAGUUAAGCUCAACGAACAGCAUUUGUGCCAUAAUAUUGAUUUUCACAAAAAAAAAAAAAAAGAAGAAGAAUUUUCAGCUUGUCCCUUGUUUAUUUUAAAAAAGAAAAGCCAAAAUCAGGGUUACAGUGAGGCACUUACUAUGGAAGUGAAUGGGGCCAAUCCGUAAACAUUAAAAUACACAGUUUACAAUACACAAGUAUAGCCACAACACAUUUAUGUGCAUUAAUAUCGAUUCUAGUGUGAUAAAAUAGCUUACCAACUUCGUUGCCAUGAUGAGGCAACACCGUUAAACCCUGUAAGCAAUUUUAUCACACUAAAAUCAUGUUAACACAUUUAAUGUUUACAUCUUGUGGCUAUAUUUUUUAAACAACGUGUAUUUCAGUGUUUACGGAUUAAGUGCCUCACUGUAACCCAGACUUUUAAAUAAACAAGGGGCGAGUCAGAUAUAUACAGUAUAUUUUUUUGGAAAUCAACAUUAUGCAACAAAUGUUGUCAGUCGAGCUGAACUUUAACUGAACCCGGAAUAUUCCUUUAAGUUAUUUUGGAUGUGAAAACUGUGGUUUCCUCUUGAAUGCAUAGUGCUGUAAUGUUUGGCUUUAUUUUAUGUUAAUUUAGAGUCCACCAAAUGCUGCUAUUUAUCUGGAGACCUGAUAUUAAAGAACCAAUAACCCAUUUAGUAGAAGAUUUUUUAAUGGAGGGAAAAAUAUUGGUCAAACCAGUUAUUAUCAUAAAUCAAAUUAUAAUAAACCAGUCUAUCUCUAACCAAAUUAUGCCUGUGUGCCUCCAGACUCCAAAUUUGACAUAUGUUUUUGAAAUUAUGCUACAGCACACACAUUUCAGAUCUGUCUUCUUCAAGCUUAAUGCCCAAGUGACGGAUACGCCAUGUCAAAUGGUGCAACACUCCAAAGUCUCCUGUUGGCUGCGCUGUGUCUAUCAAGCUGGGCCGCUCCAUUAGAGAGCACCGUCACAUUGGAUGGCACGUGCUGCGAUGGACAACAGCUAAGGAUGCUUGAGAACCAAAGAGAAGAUAAGGGGACAAGACCUCUACAAAAGGACAACAGAAAAUGGGAAUCAGUUACGUCAUCAUCUUCAUCAUCUCAUCUCCCAUCAUCGGUGUCAGACUCAAGCGAUAAUUCAUUCAGCCGUUCCCCAAUCACCGCCAACACAUCUCUGACCAUUACCAGUGUAGACACAUUCAGACAAUCCAACACUGACCUCCAUACAGGUGUGAUCUCCACUAAACUACCACAGUCAUCUUCUCCAGAUGGUCCUGGAAGCGUUGAGGAGGAAGCAGUUGUAAACAGCAGUGCUCGAGAAGGGUUGGGCAGAGUGACAGCUGUUGGAAAUGAGGACAGACAGUCAGGGGUGGGUGAGCGAGCAGUCUGGUCUUACGCUCGAUAUCAGAAACACUCUGUAGACGAGCAGCAGAGCUCAACGAUUCCGGCCUCAAGACAAUCGGUUGUGGAUCAUUUGCUGGUGACUACAGAUGGGGUGUCUGUCACACAGGCUACGGCAACCUCUUCUACCAUUGAUCUAGAGAGAGAUGAGCCCGUUAGAUUAAUCUCAGAGUAUGUUGAAGCAUCUAACAGGUCGUCUGCAUUUACAAAAGGAAAGAGUGGGAACAUCCAGCCAGGAGGUUUAGAUGAUAAGGGGACGGUGACACCACAAACUAGAACUCCUCUACAGAAGGACGACAUAAGAUGGAUCACCGAAACUCCUUCAGACCCAACCGAUGGUUCAUUCUGGUUCUCUCCAUUGACCACUAACCCAACCACACCAGAAACAUCUUUAACCAUUACCAGUGGAGACUCGCUGGGUGGGUUAGAUCUCCAGGAGAACACACCUGUGUCUGGACUCCGUCAGCUGGAUCUGACCUUUAGCUCCAGAUUAGUGGAUCCUUCUGAUACCUGGACAGAGCCAGUUCACCUGCAGGGAGAGGAAGUGAGUGUUCUUUCCUCAUCUCAGGAGGUGGCUACAGAGGCGACCAUGUCCUCUGAAGAUCUGCCGCUGAUAUUUGAGCCGUUUGAGGAUGCCUCAGCACCGGUGUCCGAACCGUCUGUCGCCAUGGCAGCAACAGCUGUAACCGUGGGAGACCCAGAGCUUGAGAAAAUGAUGUCUAUGGAUACAGGCCACGCCUCUGAUGCCACUCUCUCAGGAGUGCUGAAUUGGCCGCCAACAUGGCAGACGUCUGGAGAUCAAAAAUCUGAUGCCGUCAGUCCAUCAAAUAUGCUGGUCAGCGGUCCAGUCACAGAAUCUGAUGAGCCAAAAGAGCAUGAUGAAAACACACAGAAGGAGACUGAUGAAGACGAGGAAGUUGAGGAGAUGAAUUCUGAUGAAGAGGAGGAAGAGAGUGAAGAGGACCUGACAGAAACCUCCAUCUCAACCCCCACACGCGCCUCCUACAGCCUCAUACCUCCUCCUCCAGUCUGGGUGCAGCGGAACCAGGGACUGGUGCGGAGCUGGGUUGAACUUAUAAGAGAAAAGGCCGGCUAUGUGUCUGGUAUGUUGGCACCGGUUGGCAUCGGAAUAGCUGGUGCUCUUCUGUUGGUUGGCGCUCUGUACAGUAUCAGAGUGAUUCAUCACAAACGGAGAGACAACUUUAAACAUCAGAGGAGGAAGCCGCCCAGAGAAAUUCGGAGCGGGCCUGACAAUGCAAUGCUUCUGGCUGACAGCUCAGAGGAUGAAUUCUGAUGAAGACACACAAACAUCACUGCGAAAGGCAUUUAGAAACCGUAUGUGCUUCAGCCCAGAUACAAACAGCUGUGGUUUGUAGAUUCACUGCUUGCCACACAAAUAGUGCCGCAGCACAUCAGUAUAUACUGUUGGCCUACAGUAAAUACAUUAAACAUUAUACACUGAACAUUACAACUGCAAAACUGCACUUAUUAAUUAAUUAAUAGUUUUAAAUGUUCAAAAAUAUACAUACUUGACUGUUGUUUAUUCAUGCCACAUUUUAUGAAGGCAUUUAAACUCAUGCCCUAGAACAUAUUAAAGGAAUAUUCCGGGUUCAGUACAAGUUCAGCUCAAUCGACAGCAUUUGUGGCAUAAUGUUGAUUACAACAAAAAAAUGCAUUUCGACUCGUCCCUCCUUUUCUUCAAAUCUGUGUUCCAGUGAGACACUUACAAUGGAAGUCAAUGGGGUCAAUAAUCUGUAAACAUUAAAAUACUCACUGUUUCAAAAGUAUAGACACAAGACGUAAACAAUAUGUGUGUUAACAUGAUUUUACUGUGAUUAAAUCACUUACUGACCACAUCUGUUGAAAGAUAUAGACAAUUUUACAACUUUGUUGCCAUGACGACGUAACGCUGUAAACCCUAAAACGACUGUAAGAACGACAAUUUAAAUAACUUUACAGCUGAAAUAAUACAUUCGUUUUAACAGAAUUAAUGUAAGUGUUUUUAUAAAAUUAUAAGCGUCACAUUUCUGUCUUUAAACCUCCAAAAAUUGACCCCAUUGACUUCCAUUGUAAGUGUCUCACUGGAACACAGAUUUAAAGAAAAGGAGGAACAAGUCAAAAUUAAUUUGUGGUAAUCAACAUUAUGUCACAAAUGCUGCUGAUUGAACUGAACUUGUAUUAAACCCGGAAUAUUCCUUAAACAUGUGUGUCAACAUUUUCUGCAAGUUACUCAGCCUGCUUUGGUGUAAUAUCUUUGAAACUAUUAAACACCAGGCAUGUUAUAAUUCAAUUUAUCUCAGUGUUUCUCAAACUGUAGUACACAGACUAUGGAAAUUUACAAUACUUAUACACUGUUGGCCAAAAGUUUGGAAUAAUGUUCAGAUUUCGCUGUUUUGGAAGGAAAUUGGUACUUUAAUUCAACUGAUCACAAAGUAUAGUCAGGACAUUACUGAUGUAAAAAACAGCACCAUCACUAUUUGAAAAAAGUCAUUUUUGAUCAAAUCUAGACAGCAGCCAUCACUCCAACACCUUAUCCUUGAGUAAUCAUGAUAAAUUGAUCAUUUGGUACUAGAAAAUCACUUGCCAUUAUAUCAAACACAGCUGAAAGAUAUUUGGAUCGUUAAAUGAAGAUUAACAUUGUCUUUGUGUUUGUUUUUGAGUUGCCACAGUAUGCAAUAGACUGGCAUGUCUUAAGAUUAGAUCAAAAAUGGCACAAAAGAAACAGCUUUCUCUAGAAACUCAUCAGUCAAUCAUUGUUUUGAGGAAUGAAGGCUAUACAAUGCUUGAAAGAGAUUUCAUACAAAGGUGUACACUACAGUCUUCAAAGACAAAGGACAACUGACUCUAACAAGGACAGAAAGAGAUGUGGAAGACCAGAUGUACAACUAAACAAGAGGAUAAGUACAUCAGAGUCUCUAGUUUGAGAAAUAGACGCCUCACAUGUCCUCAGCUGACAGCUUCAUUGAAUUCUACCCGCUCAACACCAGUUUCAUGUACAACAGUAAAGAGAAGACUCAGGGGUGCAGGCCUUAUGGGAAGAAUUGCAAAGAAAAAGCCACUUUUGAAACAGAAAAACAAAAAGAAAAGGUUCGAGUGGGCAAAGAAACACAGACAUUGGACAACAGAUAAUUGGAAAAGAGUGUUAUGGAUCUUAACCCCAUUGAGCUUUUGUGGGAUCAGCUAGACUGUAAGGUGCGUGAGAAGUGCCCGACAAGACAGUCACAUCUAUGGCAAGUGCUACAGGAAGUGUGGGGUGAAAUGUCACCUGAGUAUCUGGACAAACUGACAGCUAGAAUAACAAGGAUCUGCAAAGCUGUCAUUGCUGCACGUGGAGGAUUUUUUCAUGAGAACACUUUGAAGUAGUUUAAGAAGUUCUGAACAUGUUUUUCAAAUUGUAAUAGUAAUUUAUCACAUUAUUAAUGUCCUGACUAUAUAUUGUGAUCAGUUGAAUGCCACUUUGGUGAAUAAAAGUACCAAUUUCUUUCCAUAAGAGCAAAAUCUGUACAUUAUUCCAAACUUUUCACCGCCAGUGUGUGUAUGUAUAUAUAUAUAUACUGUAUAAAUACUCUCAGAUCAGCUUUGCAACAUUAUAAACAUUUCAAAUAAUAUUUUUUAUUUAUCUGAGCUACAUUACAUCUAAUAUUAAAUGUAAAAUGCACCACUGAUGCUUCUUUUAAAUGUCAUUAUAUGGGGGAAAAUUCAAUCUCUACUCACAAAACAUCAUGAAAUGUUCAUGUACUGUAUAUACAGUCUGUAGGAUGUUUUCACUGUAAAUAUAUAAUUGUCACAAUGCCAAAUGUUUUAAUUUUGUUAUGACAAUCAGACAAUGUGCAGUUCAAAAUGAACUCUUUACAUGUGCCUCUGUAAUGUGAAUCUUGUUUUAAUUAAUUAUAUAUCUGAACUCUAAUUGGAAAUAGUUUAUAUUGUUAUGGUAUUUUUGAUUAAUUGCAUUUUAAAAAUAUUUUUGUCAAAGUUGUGAAAUAGAUCUUGACCCUAAAAGGGUGUUCAGUAUCCUAUACAGAGACAUGUGAAACCAUGAAAUAAUUCACAGUACAUCACUGUAAAUAAAACAAAAA